UAGCCAGGCUGUCCUCUGGGAACUCAGACACUGUACAGUGAUUCACACCCAUGUGGAGCCACGUCACUUCUCGCUCGGGUCGUCAGAUACAGACCACGGAGACGUUGGAUGCUCACAACACCACACGGCCAGAAGGCAGCUGCCGAUGAGCGAGGAGCCCUCCUCUCAGGGAUGGAAGACGAGCAGGUGCUUCCUUCCCCAGGCAGGGGAGGCUAAACCAAGCCCAGGACUGCGGGACCGCGGGGGGGAGGCGGAAGGAGAUAUUUUGCAGACAGAACAAGAGAAGCCAUCUGACCACACCUGCAGAAAUUUAGAGGGAUGUGGCCACGAGCCAGCGAAGCCAGCAGCCUCCAGGAGCUGGGAGAAGCGAGGAACGGAUAAUGGAUUUUCCCCUCGAGAGUCCAGAGGGAGCUCGGCCCUGCUGACACCUGACUUCAGCCCGGUGGAUCUUCUGCAGAGCAACAUCUUCUGUUCGCACGAAACCCUGUACAUGAAUGUUGGUAGCAGCUUUAUUCGUAACAGCCUAAACCAGGAAUCAGCCCAGAUGCCGACUUCAAUAGGACGGGAAGAGAGAUGGACGAACAAAAAUGUUCUGAGCAGGAGAGCGGUUUCCAUCUUCCAUUCUAUCAAGGUGUGGGUGUGUUUGAAUCUUCCCAUGAUACAGAGUCUCUAAAACAGAAUCACAUCUGUAUUAAUUCAGGAAGUAUUUGCUGAGCCCCCUCGUCGUGCCAGCUCUGUGCUAAGAACGGAUAAACCAGAUGACGGGGACCGUCCUGACUCCAGGAGCUUCUCAUAGGAGAAAUCCAUGUAGAGACACGUUUCACACCAGAAUGAGAGACCUGCAAAUAAAACAAACAAUCCCUGAAACUAUCUGUGCUCUGAAAAUGCCCACGAUCAAGUUCUGACUUCUGGGUUCAGUGGCCGAGUUUCACCUCGGCCAAGUUUCCGGGACGGGGCCCCUGCGCCUCCAGCACCCUGGACUAGCCUGUGCUAUUUGGGGGCAGUUAAGUCCCCACCUUGCAGUCCUCACCCUCGCAAUGUUAGCUGCUUAGUAGUGGCCACUAGGCACAGUGCUUGUUCCGGGUAAAAUGAUUAAAUAUUGAAACAGGUUUGAAUAUUGACGUUUGUGAAUUUGUUUCCAGGCACAGUGGCCAAUGAGAGCACACAGAUGUGGACCGUGACAGAUGAAAUGGACGCUGAUUUUUACGUGGCUGAGAGAACUGGGCUUAACCUGUGAGAUCCAUGGAAGGCUUUCCCAAUGCGAACAUCACCAGCUGUCUCCUGUUUCUUUCGCGUGUCUGGCUGUGACACUACGUCUCCCGCUGCACGCGGGCAGGGCUUCCUCACCACACCUCACACACAGCUGAGCCUGGCCUACAUGAAUGUUCGGGGGUGGGGGGAAGUGAGGGCAGUGGAGGGGCAGCAGUCACUGUAUCCAGUAAGCGAGGCACAGAGAAAGUCAAUGGCUUCUACUUAAGGAUACCUCUGUGCCGAUACUGGUGUGUAAAAAUGAGGCCAUGGGGGGCCUUCUCUCAACGGCUGAGCUCUCUGAGUUUCUCUCCCAUAAAAAUGACAGGUUUGCUCCAAGCACCCCAUCAGAUCAUGUCAUUUCCCUCACGCACCCACCAGACCUACACCAUUCCUCUCCCAGGCCCCUGACCCCUGAAUCACUACCUACGUGGCUAAAUGUUCUCCAUGCAUUCCUCAUUCAUGUAUAUAUAUAUUCGUAUAUAUGUACAUAUAUAUAUAUAUAUAUAUGUAUACACACAUUUAUAUCUCCUUUGAGGACCUACCAAGGGUGAGACCAGGCUCCUUAGUCGAGUGGCGGCUCAGGAAGAGAGAUGCCACAGAGCAGUGGGCAGGCACCUGCAGGGCGGCACAGGCUCACGGGCACAUUUGGAGAAGGAGCCCUGGCGACAGCAGCCUUUGGGGGACAGGGGAGCAGGCAAGACUGUAGGGCGUGGUGUGGGAACUUGGGGUUAAACAGCAAGAAGGAAGGUUGGACAACAAAGGGUCACCAAGCCAUCACUAGAGGAUGGAACCCCUCCCUUCAGCGCCCCCCUGUCAGCACCCCAACCCCGUCAUUCCACAGCCGACCUGACCGAACUGAUUGAGCAGAGGCAGUUUUAAGGCUCCAU